CAGCUAGAUGUUGGUCGCCGAAACCGUUUGCAGUAGUUGAGGGCCAAACAGCCCACGAUGCUCUCCCUGUCUCGCUAGGUUAGCUUAAAUGUCCCACGAUCGUCUUCCCAAUUCUGUACAACGAGUGUUUUCUCUCCAUUCUAUUUUUCCGCUGCCCCUACUGCUUGACAACAGCUCACAAUACUAAACCCAAGAUAAGCCUUACGACAACCCUGUCAAAGUGAUUUACGCGCUAAACAUGUUGCAAACGUGGCGCCUAAACUCCAAGGACCAAGGUGAAACCCAUCAGCGGCAGGCAUUUGAUCCUGAAACAGCGAGGCCAAUUGUACAACAGGCCUGUAAUAGCUGCCGUGUUAAGAAGUUACGAUGCUCCGGACAGAAGACUGGCUGCUUCCGUUGCCAAACCCUCUCGCAAGAAUGUAUCUAUGCUCAGAAUGCUACUAGAGGAUCAGCACGCGCUCGGAAGAGUAAGGAGUCUGCAUCCAAAGGUAAUUCUCGCCGUCCAUCAGCCACUCCUUCACUGGUCUCUUCCGCGUCAACACCUAAAAAUGAGGUUAAAACAGCAUCCCCUCGCCAAGAGCCUCUUACCUCCACUUCUAGUGCACAAAGCUCCGAGCUUCACUGGGCGCCACCCAGACCGGGAAGCGGUCAGGGGAACACAAAUUCCCUAGGAGUCGAUAUGAUGCCAUUUGAGUCACAGGAUUACUUACAAAUGCAAGGCAUGUCUACGACGCAAACAAGCGGGAUAGAACCAUACCAGAGCAGUGACGCAUGGUUUUUCUCAUGGCCAGAUCCCGCAAAAGAAAGCCACUUCGCAACUGCCAAAACACCCUGGGAGGAAACUGUGCUGCCGCUAUCGAUACAAACAUUUGGAGGCUGGGAGCCAGGUGUUCAUGGCUAUGACGAAAUGCCAAUAACGCCUACGACUAGAAACCCAAUCUCAGAGUCAACCAUGCCAGAUCUACAAACAAGUCCGUUGUCCAUGCCUCUUCAAAUGGUCGCGGUUCAGCAUGGCCAAGAUGAGCGGGAUUGGUUACAUUCUCAGACUCGCGAGCCCUGCCAAUGUCUUCAAAGAGUGGUAUUUCUGUUAGAAGAACUGGACUCUGAGUCUCUCGGCACAAAUAUAAAGGAAUUAGGUCCUUGGCUGUCGAGGCAUAAAGAGGCGCUUCGCUGCAGCGAGGCGUUGUUGACUUGUUCUCUAUGCCAGGCGAAACCAGAGCAUAUGACAAUCCUUACCUUCUUGACCGACAGGCUAAUAGCCAUGUGCGAUAACGUUGUUUCGGCAUAUCUACAGACAAUGGAGGGUGACGCCAACAAUACCGGCAUGGCCUAUAGAGAUGCUGCAUGGCUAGUGUUGGUCGGCAAUUUUGAGAUAGAUUCGCCGCAAGAAUGGAGUGCUCUAGUACGAACCAUGUUGAUCAUGCAACUACGCGGCCUAGAUUCUUUCAUGGUCAGAUUCAAAGACCUGUUACAGGCUAUUGGCGGCGAAGUCGUGCGUCGAAAGGCAGAUUCUACCCAAAAUCGGAUAUCAACUUUGCUGGAGAAGCUGGAUCCGGUGUGGGUGCAUAGCUCCACCAUGUAG